CACAUUUUACAAUUAUUUACACGUUUUACAAUUAUUAUUAAGAAAUAAUCUUUAUGGACAUAUUACCUUGAUAAUGACUUCGACACCAACCAAAGAUUCAAGUAAUUACUUCACACCAAAAGAACUACCAACACCUACUAAAGACCACAGUGGGGUUACUAAAACAAUCUUCACACACAUAUCAAAUUUACAUGGUUUGUUAAAUGAUUGGGACAAGUUACAGUUAAAAGGGAAAAAAAUAUGCAGAUCGAUAUCAUCAAUAAAAUUACAUGAAUUUCAAGAUAACUACUACCCUCAUGAAGUUAAAGUUUUAGUGGAGACAUUAUUGGAAGUAGUUGAUGGGCUACAUGAUGUAUGUGCAGGAAUAGAAUUAUUGGACAAACAAAUUAACUCUUUAAGUAAACUGCAGCCGUUGGACACUCCCCUUAUGCAGACAUGGACAGCCAGUCAGAUAUCUGAAAAUGUAUCAAACUUACAUGAUUCAUUUAAACAAGAAUUUCAUUUGAAAAAGACUAUUUUGGGUAAGAUAUUAAUUACUAAAACAUCGCUCACUGCAGAGACGAGAACUUGAUGGAAACAUACACAAGUGCUUGGGAAUACAAUUUGUACUUUGAAAUGGACAAGUUUACAUAUUUAUUCAUGGAAUUUGGAAUAACUAUUUGAUUGGUAAUCA